UCAACGUGCAGGAUCGCACUUGUCUCCUUAUGUGUGAACAGACGGCAGGAUGGAAGGGAUUGCAGUGUAUAAGAUGACGGGACGGGCGGAGAGUAUUGUUGUGCAUAGAAUUUUCACUACCACACAGAAAUGGCCGUCUCUCCUCCUUCAGCCGCUUCGUCCCGAACUCCAUCUCUUCCCUUUACCAAUACACUUGCAAACCUACGUCACUUGGUCAAAUGCUGCCAAGAAAGCACGCAAUUGCCACCCACUCAUGACACGAGUGAUCAGUCAAAGCGCCAACCAGUCCACGCAAUCGAGCAGUCAGACAUAUCACUUAACUUGCUCAAAAGCUCGCUCGCCCGAACCCCUUCCAGCUCCUCUGUACUCAGCGUGUGCGAAGAUGGAUAUAUCAAUCAGAAUCUCGCUACCACUCAGCACACACUCAUUGGUUGCCAAUCCCAGACAUCUCAAGAGCCGUCUCAAGAGCCACUUGUUAGCUACGCGAAAACCAACAUACACAGCAGUCGCGAAGAUACCUUCAAUCAUUUAGGCACUAUAAAUCAGCCAUGCAUUCGAUCAGCAUCACUUCAAAAACAUUCUCCCCCGGCAGAAUACAUGGAGAACUAUACAGUGCCACUGACGAAGCUGACUGACGAGAAAGAUAUCGGCGUUGUGACAACAGUCACCAUGUCUUCACUAACGUCAUCAUCGGUUCUAUCGAAGCCAAAGAUCAAAUUUCGACAUCGAGUGCGAGACGUCUGCCUGCAUUGGUUUACAGCAUACCGGAUACUCAUCGGGCUCACUUUCGCUGUAAAUAUCGCAGUGCUCGCUGUCAUGAUUAGAGGGAACCGGCACGAUCAUCCCGCCAUCUCUGGUUCCCUGAUUGCUGCCGCCGCCAAUAUCUUUGCCGCCGUCUUCAUCCGCCAGGAGGAUCUCAUCAACGUCAGCUUCUCGUUUGUCGCCAAAACUCCAGUAAGCCUACCAUUAUGGCUCCGGAAGAUAAUCGCAGACUUCCACCACUACGGCGGACUGCACAUUGGCUGCUCCAUUUCAGCGCUUCUAUGGUACUGCUGCUUUGUCUUCCUGGACACCUCCCACUUCCUCGAACACACCAGGCAGCGCAUGGCUACUGGUUGGAUGUGGGCCGACAUCAUCACCUGCUACGCCUUCCUCUUAGCCAUCUUGUGCAUCUGCGUACUAGCACAUCCACACCUGCGCGUAAGGUUCCACGACGCAUUCGAGCAAACGCAUCGCUUUGGUGGAUGGACAGCACUAUUGGUACUGUGGCUCAACGCAGGUGUGUCGAGCUGCAACCCCAAUCGCCCACCGCUGUACGCAAACGCCGCCCUCUGGCUCCUAGCCGGCACGACUUUCCUCAUAGCUCUCCCAUGGACGCGUAUACGCCGGGUGGCAAUAACGACCGAGCCCGUUUCUAGCCGCGAAGUCAAGGUUACCUUCCCGUACAAAAAUAUGCCCUACACGUCUACAACACGUUUCUCGCUAAGCCCCGUCCUCGAAUGGCACGCCUUCGCCACCAUCCCAUGCUCGCCUUCUUCUGACAACCCUUUCGCAUACAUUGUCAUCUCCCAAGCUGGCGAUUGGACAAAGGCAAUGAUCAAGUCUCCACCCACCCACAUCUGGGUUCGCAAACCCGCCGCAAAGAACUUCCUUUCUUUCGCUCCACUGUUCAACUCCCUGCUUCUCGUGGCUACGGGCGCAGGGAUCGGGCCCUUAAUCUCGCUCUUAUGCUCACCGGCCAUUGCGCGCAUGCGCGAACAGGGCAGACAGAUUAGGGUUAUGUGGUGCGUGUACGAUCCUGAUGCGGCACAUUGGCAGUUCGUCCAGGAUAUCAUCCGUAACGUGGAUCCCGAGCCUAAGAUCUUCGACUCACGCGAGGGAAGACCAGACUUGGCGUUCGAAGCAGAUUUCAUGAAAGAGCAGUAUGGAAUAGAGGCUGUGAUGAUUGUAAGCAACCCUAUGGUUACGAGGGAGAUUGUUGAGAAAGUCAAGGCGAAAGACGGUGCUGCAUAUGGCGCUGUGUUCGACUCUUAGACGCUACUGUUGGUUUAUCCUGGUGUGAGCAUGGAUGUGCUCUGCUAUCUGGAUUGAUGUUUCUGUUGCUGUUUUUCGGUUAUGUUCACUUCGACUUCGACUUCAGUUUCGGCCUAAGAGCAGGCUCUUCCGUCGCAGUAGAACUGCGAUUACAUUCUGUAUUCGUUUUGACACUUCCCAGGAUCGGGUUUGGAUAAUCACCACACAUGCACAUU